UUGUGGGAUUGGAAGCUAUUGACAUAGCGACAGGAGAGCUGGUAGAAAAACAGUCUUUUUCCUAUUUUUAUCCAUAGCUUUGGGGAAAUUAUCAUUCCAACAGCUGCUAUGAACGCGUCAGUGGCCAAAAAGACCCAAGACACUUUGGGGAAAGUGAUAAAGAAACCGCCGCUUACUGAAAAACUGCUCACCAAACCCCCGUUUCGAUACCUGCACGACAUAUUCAGUGAGGUGAUCCGGACCACUGGCUUCAUGAAGGGACUCUAUGUAGACACAGAGAUGAAGUCAGACAAUGUGAAGGAUAAGGAUGCUAAGAUGGCGUUCCUGCAGAAGGCCAUGGAUGUGGUAAUGCUGGUGAGCGGCGAGCCCCUGUCGGCCAAGCCGGCACGCAUCGUAGCCGGCCACGAGCCCGAGAAGACCAAUGAGCUGCUGCAGGCUAUAGCCAAGUGCUGCCUCAACAAGCUGUCCAGUGAGGAGGCAGUGAAGCGGGUGCUGGCGGGGGACAAGCUGGACCCCAAAGGGAAGGCCAGCACCUCCCGUUCCCAGGACAAGGAGAACCGGGAGGGACGAGAGUUCCACAGAGACCGAGAGGAGAGGAAGGAGAUACGAGAGCACAGCGUCGGUGGAGGCCGGGAGCAGAAGGACCUGGACCAGCCCAAAGAGCAGGAGGACAGGCGGGGCAACAAGGAGAAGGAGCCCCACCGCGAGGGAGAGAGGUCAGAGAAGGCCCGCGAACGAGACCGGACCAAAGACCGCGACAAGGACAAGAGCCGGGACCGAGAGAGGGACAAAGACAAGAGAAGAGAGAAAGACAGGGAACGAGACAAGGAGAGGGAGAAGGACCGAGACGGCGAGAAGAGCAAAGACAAGGAGACACACAGAGCGAGAGACCGUUAUAGGGAGGAAGAUGGAGACAGGGAUAAACGGCGAGACAAGGGAGAAAGGGAGAAGGCGAGAGAGACCAGACACAAACAGGGGGAGGAGAAGACCAAAGUGCCAGAGAAAGGCGACAAAAAGGCCAGAGUGUCAGAGGGGUCAAAACACCGACCACAUCCAGAGGAGCCCAGUAAAACGACCAAACCUGAACCAGUGGUCGCAGAAGUCACAGACAAGCAGUCUGACAGUCCAGCCAGAAUACCCCGGCCUUCAUCUGCUAAGGGGCAGAGGCGCAUGCCCAAAGCAGGAGUCCCACAAGAAGAGUCUGAUGGAGAAGGAGAUGGAGACACUCCGUUGGCAGAGAGGCCGGUCCCCCUGGAGAACGGCGAUGCCACAGACGCAGUGCCAGCCCACAUGGCCCACAGCAACCGAAGGAUACCUCGGCCCAACAGCGCACGGCCCGCCCCUCCUCGGUUCAAGAGGCAGGAGAGCUAUGCUGACGUGACCCCAGCCGAAAGGCUGACCAGUGCCAAGCCCCCGGCGGCUGUCAUCAUGGAGGGGAAGAAGCUCUCUGAGGAUGAGGAGGAUGAAGAUGAGCAGUUUGUGGUGGAGGAGGCUGCCCCUCCUCCCCCCGACAUGCCCGACAUGGAGAUGGACCCUUCAGUGGGACUUCAAGGCGAUGAGAAGCAUGGUGGGCUGGUGAAAAAAAUCCUUGAAACCAAGAAAGACUUUGAAACAUCAUCAUCUCCAAAGGCCAAAGACCAGACGCAAAGCCUGGUGUCGGAGGCGGCCAGGAAGAAGGAGAGGGAGCUGGUGUCCAGGGAGAUCGAACGGCUGCGCUCGUCCAUCCAGACGGUGUGCCGCAGCGCCCUGCCCCUGGGCAAGAUCAUGGACUACAUCCAGGAGGACAUGGACGCCAUGCAGAACGAGCUGCACACCUGGAGGAGGGAGAACAAGGAGCAUGCGCAGGCCCUGCUGCAGGAACAGAGAGUGACGGACAACGCCGUGGAGCCUCUGAAGGCCGAGCUAGCCGAGCUGGAGCAGCUGAUCAAGGAGCAGCAGGACAGGAUCUGCGCUGUCAAGUCCAACGUCCUGAAGAACGAGGAUAAGAUCCAGAAGAUGGUGACCAGCAUCAACUUCUCCUCGCGAACAUGAGGGGGAGCCAAGGUCCAAAUAAAGGGGUUCGCUCCCUUAAAAAAAAUAAGUGUUUGGGUGAGCCUGGGUUCUUACUUAGUCUGGUAACAUCCGAAAUGAUAGAGGAGGCCUCAGCUGCACUUUCAUUCCUUGUCAUCAAUGUUCCCUCUAAACGUGCGCGUGUGCGUGGGCGCGCACUUCCUCCAGGACUGCAGUGCAGAAGAAAAUGCCAUGCUGCGCAGAGACUGCAAGAGAUUGAACUUCACUGAGUUCACCCCAUUAGUUUGCACUAUAUAGAUCAAAGCUUUUUCUGUGAUCGAAUCAACAUCAUAUCAGCCCCUUUUCAAUGCAACAAACCAAAACAAAUCUAACUUUGCAAGAUUGAGUCUGUGAUUUUGCUGUAGGCAGAGCCAGAGCGCAACGGAGUAGAAUUCUAUUGGCGGGGUAGCCCACGAGCAGUCUUUCAAUCACCUAUGAGUCAAUGUGGGCAGCGUAGCCUAGUGGCUAGAGCGUUGGACUUGUAACCCAAAGGUUGCAAGUUCGAAUCCCCGAGCUGACAAGGUACAAAUCUGUCGUUCUGCCCCUGCCCCUGAACACCCUGAUAGGCCGUCAUUGAAAAUAAGAAUUUGUUCUUAACUGACUUGCCUAGUUAAAUAAAGGUAAUAAAAAUAAAUGCGCAGAUCAGCGCAGAGCGCGUGCACAUUUUAUAUAUUAUUCUUUGUUAGUAAUCAAGUUAUUAGCCCAGGGUUGUUAGUCAGCCAUGGGUUGUUACUGCUUCCUACAAGAGCACAAAAUAUGUAGGAUACAUUUCAAGCUGUCUUUGAAAAGCCAGUCAGGUAAAAAGCUAAAACUUAAAGGGGCGGUAUUGUAUUUUGAGACGGGCUUGAAUAUGCAAAUAAGCCAAUAUGCUGUAUGGUAAUAAUAAUUAGUUGUAUUUUAUAAAGUGUUUCUUGCAUCAUACAACGCAAUACAAUGCAAUUUACAAUCACCUAUUUGGCCCAUGGUGUUACAGACCAAGUAAAAAAUGAUUAAUUAAUAUCAAGCCCUUUAUAAUGUUUUUUUUAAGUAUCAUGCAAUUUAGGCCUGCAUAGAACACCAUAUAUAGUCUACUGUAGGCUAUAACAUUGAAAUCAAAAGCUAUUUCCAUGUGAAAAUGUUAUGGGAUUUGCUCCAUUGGUUUUGUUGGUAGGCCUACAUUAUGCUCAAAUAGCCACAAUAGCCAUUGGCUACUGUCUAAAACUGUAAGGGUACAGCCUCAGUGUUCACUGUAAAUGUGCGCCGAAAGUUGCACAGAAUUCUCACAAUGCUCAAGUUUCCGCUCACAAAACCAAAAAUUUGCUCAGUGCCCCCAAGAAAUUGAGGAAACGUUGGUUGUCAUGUCAUGAUGAGAAAAAACGCCCCGCUUUUAUCACCCCCUCUCUUUUCAUGGUGCCUUUGUGGAACACACACACACACACUAACUGACUGGUUAUGUAGAGGCUAGAGAAAGUUUGGACACCUGUGCUAGAGAAAAUAGUAAAAAAUAAAGAAAAACCCUUGAAUGAGUAGGUGUCCAAACUUUUGACUGGUACUGUAUAUAAAAAAAAUCCACAUCCAACCAUAUACAUUUGAUACACACGUGUAAUAUUUAAAUAUGUCUGUCAAUUAACAAUUCUGCUGUUCUUCAAAGCCUCUAAAAAGCAAUAGAUCCGAGGUGUGUUUAACGGCUAGGCAGACGCGAGUAGGAGAAGACAUGUUCCUCCUGGCAACCACUAGCCGUCGGCAAGACAGCAGGGCUCUAUGCUGACCUUAUUUUAUUUUUACAGGGAGCACGUGUGCACCUAAGUUGAAAAAUGUAGGCACACACAAAGAAAUUUAGCAGCACAAUGAAAAAUAUUUGAGAUAUUAAAGCUAGAAUCCUUCAUUUUUCUAGGUGUACUGGUGCUCCUAAAUACAAAUUCCAGGUUGCACAGCAAAACAUUUAGGCUGACAUAAUUAGUUAUGUUUUUAGGAUGCCGAUUUUAAAAUUCUGUAGAUAAUGUUCCCAAAUUGCAUGUGAAAACUUAUUGUGCUGUUUGUGAUUUGGGAGUUCAAAACUUGAUCGUUCUUUCAUCUGAAUUGGUUUUCAGAAAAACUUAUAACCAAUCUAUCCCAAAUGACAUGUUUUAUGGAGUUUAAUUUACAUAUUUUUAUAAAUAUAUUUUUUUUAAAUCUAAAUGAUUUAUAAGAUGAAGCAAUACUAAGGUGGUGAAAUUGCCCUACAAUAUAAACCACAUGGUUAAUAAAUGUAGAAAAAAGUGGACCACAGUUCAAUUCCCUAACAACCUCACAAUUUAUAGUGACAUGUUUAUUUGUCCAUGCUGAAAAUAACACUUUUUCGCAACACUUGUUUCACUUCCAAAGCAAAAAUGGUUACUUAAAUUGGAUGGAGAUCCAAACUGUACACUUCUAACAUUUACGUAGUUAGAUAUUUAACUUCUUACGCAAGUGGAAACAAGUAAUACUGUGUACAGAUUUUAAUCCAUAUUUUAUUAUAGCAGGAUUAUUAGCUAGUAGGGUCGGGCGGUAUCCAGAUUUUCAUAUCCUCAUGCCGUCCUUCUCUCAUCCCGGGAUUUAUGCUAUUACCGGUUUAAUACACAAGGGGGUGCCAAAAUACACAGAAAAAGCACAUUGGGCAUCUACCAGAAUGCUAACAAAAUUUGUGCAAGUAAUAGCUCAUUUUCAUGGAGGCUGCUAGCUAAAUAUGCUAAGGAAUGCAAAUACAAAUGAACUAAUUGCAAAGACAAACAAUCCAGCUGAUGAAGUUAUACAUAUAUACGGUUGAAGUCGGAAGUUUACAUACACCUCAGCCAAAUGCAUUUAAACUCAGUUUUUCACAAUUCCUGACAUUUAAUCCUAAACAUUCCCUGUCUUAGGUCAGUUAGGAUCACCACUUUAUGAAUGUGAAAUGUCAGAAUAAUAGUAAAGAGAAUGCUUUUAUUUCUUUCAUCACAUUCCCAGUGGGUCAGAAGUUUACAUACACUCAAUUAGUAUUUGGUAGCAUUGCCUUUAAAUUGUUUAACUUGGGUCAAACGUUUUGGGUAGCCUUCCACAAGCGUCCCACAAUAAGUUGGGGGAAUUCUGGCCCAUUCCUCCUGGCAGAGCUGGUGUAACUGAGUCAGGUUUGUAGGCCUCCUUGCUCUCACAUGCUUUUUCACUUCUGCCCACAAAUGUUCUAUAGGUUUGAGGUCAGGGCUUUGUGAUGGCCACUCCAAUACCUUGACUUUGUUGUCCUUAAGCCAUUUUUCCACAACUUUGGAAGAAUGCUUGGGGUCAUUGUACAUUUGGGAGACCCAUUUGCGACCAAGCUUUAACUUCCUGACUGAUGUCUUGAGAUGUUGCUUCAAUAUUUCCACAUCAUUUUCCUCCCUCAUGAUGCCAUCUAUUUUGUGAAGUGCACCAGUCCCUCCUGCAGCAAAGCACCCCCACAACAUGAUGCCACCCCCAUGCUUCACGGUUGGGAUGGUGUUCUUCGGCUUGCAAGCCUCCCCCUUUUUCCUCCAAACAAAACGAUGGCCAUUAUGGCCAAACAGUUCUAUUUGAUUCAUCAGACCAGAGGACAUUUCUCCAAAAAGUACGAUUUUUGUCCCCAUGUGCAGUUGCAAACUGUAGUCUGGCUUUUUUUAUGGUGGUUUUGGAGCAGUGGCUUUUCCUUGCUGAGCGGCCUUUUAGGUUAUGUCUAUAGGACUCGGUUUACUGUGGAUAUAGAUACUUUUGUACCUGUUUCCUCCAGCAUCUUCACAAGGUCCUUUGCUGUUGUUCUGGGAUUGAUUUGCAAACCAAAGUAUGUUGAUCUCUAGGAGACAACGCGUCUCCUUCCUGAGCGGUAUGACAGCUGUGUGGUCCCAUGGUGUUUAUCCUUGCGUACUAUUGUUUGUACAGAUGAACGUGGUACCUUCAGGUGUUUGGAAAUUGCUUCCAAGGUUGAACCAGACUUGUGGAGGUCUCCAAUUUAUUUUCUGAUAUCUUGUCCGAUUUCUUUUGAUUUUCAGGCGAAGAGGCACUGAGUUUGAAGGUAGGUCUUGAAAUACAUCCACAGGUACACCUCCAAUUGACAAAAAUUCUGUCAAUUAGCCGAUCAGAAUCUUCUAAAAGCCAUGACAUCAUAUCUGGAAUUUUCCAAGCUGUUUAAAGGCACAGUCAACUUAGUGUAUGUAAACUUCUGACCCACUGGAAUGGUGAUACAGUGAAAUAAUCUGUCUAUAAACAAAUGUUGAAAAAAAUUACUUUUAUCAUGCACAAAGCAGAUGUCCUAACCGACUUGCCAAAACUAUAGUUUGUUAACAAUACAUUUGUGGAGUGGUUGAAAACGCAUUUUAAUGACUCCAACCUAAGUGUAUGUAAACUUCUGACUUCAUCUGUAUAUAUAUAUAUAAUGUGUGUGUGUAUUUAAAAAUGUAUAUAUAAAAAUGCUUUGAAAAAUGUCAAAUAAAUAGUUUAAUUGGUAUUGAAAAACCAUCCCAUGGCUAUUUCCAAAUACUCCGAUACCGCCCAAGCCUAACAUUAGAAUGCAAAAGUAACACUUUAAAAUAAGUUGCUCUUAAACCUGUGUAGUAACGCUGUAAUGACUUAAGUAACAGCAUCAGGGUAUUCUAACAUAGUGCUUGAGCAAUUUAAUCUGAAGUGUUACUCAAAAUUCAAAAGGCACUCUCACAUCUGAGCGAUCUUUUUUUGCAGGUGCAUGGUAACAGUUGGACAAGAGGAGGGAAAAUCCUCUCGUUCUCUCAAACAGAGAAUCAGUGAACAUAAAGUCAAUCAGGAGAAACGACAGGGAUUAUCCUGUCGCUGUACAUUUUAAUGACCUAAAACAUGACAUUUAUACCUUUUUUAGAUUUUGUGGCGUAGAGAAAAUUAAGAUAUCAGACAGGGGUGAUAUAAUACUCUGAGUAAAAUAUAUUGUUUUUGGAUUUUCACAGACAUUAUUUCCUUAAGAUCUUAAUGAUGAAAUGCUUAUGUAUGUUAUGUUGUGAAUUUUAAUAUGAAUUAUGUCCCUAUUUCAGAUUACUCAGAUUACGUUUUUCUUAAAAUGUACCCAAUGAUUUAUGAAAACUUGCUCGGUAGGAAGAUGUCCUCGUUGUGGUUUUACAGACAUGUUAUUUACACACUUUAUUUGAAUAUUUAUGAAAUGCAUAUUGUUAUAUUUGGUAGCACUUAUUUGUUUUUCCUUCGCCUCCAACCCCUUUCGAUGCGUGGAACGGAUGUAGGUGGGGCUAGGUUUACAUAAGGGUGCUCAUUUUUUUUAAAUUCAAAGCUCUGACGUAGACCGUGAGGCCGAUACGGAAGCUUAUUAAAGAUCAGUGAUACUAUGAAGAGCAGUGUGCAAUCUAAAGUGUUAUUAAAAUAAUAUACUGUACAAGAAAUAGUUUUUACUGAAUGUCCUGUAAAGCAAGGGCCCAUUUCUGAACUCUUAUUUCUUUAAAUUAGUUAUUUCCAUAUAUUUUUAAGAAAUGACUAUUUACGUUAAACUAUUUGUACCAUUCCCACAGUUGCUCUUUUAGCUGUAUAUUAUGUCUAUCAUAGUUCACAAAUUAGUAUAAUUUUGUAGUGAUGUGAAAUAAAUGGUUACAUUUAAAUAAAAUAACUUUGUCCUUUU